GGAGAGGGAGUGCUGACUGAUCAGAGGCCGUCCUGCUCCCGGGCUACUCAUGGACUUUCCCGGAGCCUCCGGCCGCUGCUUCUGGAUAGCUGGACCAUAGACAGGAGAGCGGGCUUCUGGCAGGUACGGGGCCCCUGCGCAAUGGAUGCCUUGUAGCUGAACUACAUAGGACCCUUUGUUUUCUUAAGGUGGCACAGAUAUAGACCCCCCUCUGGGACAGUGACGAGUCUUGUAUAGAAACUAUAACUUACAUCUUUCAACCGUCCUACGUCUAGAUGCUUUGAUACAGAUUCUGCCCAAAGCUGAUUAGGACUGAUCAAGAUGCCUCAGGAACAGUAUGCUCACAGGAGUACGCUCUCCAGCACCGAAGGACCCCAUGUGUACAAGGUGGGGAUAUACGGCUGGAGGAAGCGAUGCCUCUAUUUCUUCGUUCUGGUCCUUAUGAUACUCAUACUGGUGAACCUCGCCAUGACCAUCUGGAUCCUCAAAGUCAUGAACUUUACUAUUGAUGGAAUGGGUAACCUGAGAAUCACAGAGAAAGGUUUACGGCUUGAGGGAGAUUCUGAAUUCUUGAAACCUCUGUAUGCCAAAGAAAUCCGCUCCAGGCCGGGAAGCCCGUUGUACCUUCAGUCAGACCGCAAUAUAACUUUCAAUAUUCUCAAUGAGGAUAUGAAGCCCGUCACUCAGCUUGUCACAGCAGCGGACGGUAUUCGGGCACGAGGGAAUAAUCUUGAAGUGAUGUCAAAUGAAGGAAAGCUACUGUUUUCAGCAAAUGACAAAGAAGUGGUUGUUGGAGCGGACAGAUUGCGCGUUUUAGGUGCAGAAGGAGCUGUAUUCCCAGCAUCUCUUGAGACACCUUAUGUUAAGGCUGAACCAUUCCACCACCUACGGUUGGAAUCACCGACGCGGACUUUAACCAUGGAGGCACCAAAAGGAGUCGAGAUAAAUGCAGAAGCUGGUGGGCUGGAAGCAUCUUGUAGAACAGACUUACGACUAGAUUCUACAGAUGGAGAGAUCCAGUUAAAAGCGGCUAAUGUAAAGCUUCCACAGCUGCCGCGAGGAUCUUAUUCUGCGUCUGCACCCCGACAAAAUGUAUUUGAGAUCUGCGUGUGUGCCAGUGGGAAAUUAUUCCUAUCACAAGCCGGCAGUGAAUCCACCUGCCAGACAAAUAACAAUAUUUGUCUAUAAGAGACUGGAAAGCCAAACUCCAAAGACCAGGAGUACGACUGUAACCAGACACAGGAAGCCUCAGAAAAAUAUGUGUGUGUGCGUGUGAAUAUAUACAAAAUAUAUAUAGAUAUGUAUCUGUAAAUCUAUUAUUCUCCCAUGAAAGAGAUGUUUCAGUGCCAGAAGCUCAGGGUGACCUCCAGUCGUCUUCCCUCUUGACCAUAUUUUUUACGUUCAUGAGAAAACCCAAAGAAAUACAUCCUUGCCCACCACAUAAAGCCUGUCAUUUGUACCAUAACACGCAGCAUCCUGAUACAUUUUCAGGGUUCUUGUUUGAACACAAUUUUUUUAAAAUUUACCAAAUUUGAAUAAUUCUAUUUUUUUUCUCAACUUGUUCAGUUCAGCUGUAGUUCAGUAGCGAAGAAGGUGUGACUAAGAUAAAAAAAAACUGUGUCAGACCCAAGAACUGGGACAUGUUGACAGACGAAUGAAAAAAUUAGAGAUCACAUACAGAGAUAUUACAAAAUGUUUGAAAAUGUAUCUAAGAUAGGUAUGAUCCUUUUUUUAUGCCAUUCUCUGCUUAGAUGAACACCCACAAUUAUGGUGAAAAAUGAUCUCCUAGAGGGGUGUUCCAUAAGGUAUAAAGUAAUGAAAAACUGUCUCAGAAACAUCUGGUCAAGAUUAUGGGUGGUCUUCACAAGGAGGUGGCCUUAUGAAGAGGUUUUAAUUUAUCUAAAAUAUCUUAAUCUAUGAAAACAGCUUCUUGAGGCACCUCUACUGACAGUGCAGAAAUUGUGCUUUGGAAAAUAUGCCAGUCAAUCACUAAUACUCACAGGUCAUAUGGAUCACAUUUUCUCAGACUACACUAAACAAUUUAUUAUUACUGGAUAAACAUCAAAUUACACUUCAAGAUAUAUAUGAAUUUGAUCUUUGCCUAAUAAGAUGUCAUCAUGUCAUCUUUUUCAAAUGCUGGUUACCAAGGAAAUGUUUUCCAUUCUAUAUAGAAUUUAACCUAUGACCUAUUAUCACCUUCACCGACUCGGCCCAUUGUCUGACAACUGAAGGUUUGAUGAACUCCAUAUACAGGGUGUUUUUUUUAACAAAGCCAGAAAAUAUAUAGGUUCAUUAUGGUUGUCUUUCUUAUCUACUGACCAGCAAAUUUUGUUCAUAACCUCUGUUGGGCUUCUUUCUCCUUUUUAUGGUGCACUUAUUUGUUGCAUCCCACAAAUCCCAGAAAUAAAUUCUUCCAUUUACCCAUAUGGUCACCCAGAGCCAUGUAUUAAGGAGGGCACUGGACUGAGCCAUCUCUGAUCAAAGAGGGGGAAAUGUGCCUAUGCCUUAAGACAAUGCACUCUGCGAGGAAAAGCACAGAGGGGAAGUUUCUGAUUUAAUUGUUUGCUGUCCUAUGUUCAUUUUAUUUUGUUUUCAUAGUUGGGGGGUGUAUGUGUUGUAUGGUGAAUGAGUGAUGACAAGUGAAAAGAUUUCUUAUAACAAGAAACUAUUUUGUAUGAUCAAUAACAUUACAGGUUACUAGAUGAAUAUGCUGCUACAGUCUCAUUACCUGGCUAUAGGGCACUUACAAGAUGACUCCUAUCUUAUGACUUUGGAAUGAGGUUGAAGUCAUCCUUCCUCUACGUUAUCAGUUACCUUCACUCAUAUUACCUUCUUGAGAUGAGAUCAUUAUGAUAAAUUUAGAUGAGUUGUAUAAACCCAACAUUAAAAGGGUUAUCCAGGUUGAACAGCGAUCCUGUGCCAUGGUCACUUCCAGGAUAACGUGCUGUACACUGGGUAUGUGAUCCUAGCACGUGAUCCUAGCCUAGAACCCACAGUGCGUGGUUGUUAGUCUGAAUCUUUCGCUACUUCUGUGUUGAGAGAUUCAGACUCACGCACGUGUUAGUGGCCGCCGCAAGGGAUCACGGAGCAACCCUUCUAACUCCUUUAAGGCUACAUCUCGUAAGUAACUCCAGCAUUUUCUCACAUUCAUAGUUGUAAAUAUUUUCAUAACAUGACAAAAUUUGAUAAAUUUAAGAUGAUAUAUUUUUUUUAGGAAUGUGGAGUUUUGGGUGUGCCUCCUGUACUAUAGUCAUAGAACCGUGGAGCCUUUGGGGAAACAGAAUUUCUAUUAUGCCAUAUAAAAUAUUCCACAAUAUACAAUAUAUAAGUUUAGCCAAUGUAUAGAAACUUUGGGGAGGAAUUUAUCAUUCCCCCCACACCAUGUGUUUUUGACUUUUUAGACACCACUGUUACAAAAUUUUGUCGCAAGUGGUGUUUAUAAGUCAGUCUCACCCCCUUCCAAAAAGCUGGAUGUGAGGGGUGGUGAGGGGCCAGCAGGCCUCCACAGUUUUUUUGUGUAAAUGAAGACAGAAAUCUAUGGCAGCUCCGAGUUGCCGUCAAUUUCUGUUUAGGCACACGGACUUCCGGAAGAUGCGUCUAGUAUAUGACAAGGCCUACGCCGGUCUAUGAGGAAUCCCCCUUAUGUUUAGAGUCACUUAUUGUAGAGAGGAAACUUACACUUUUGUACAUCUGUAAGAUGCUUGGUCUUAUCAUUAGUGUUUUGUAUUACAGCUGGCAGGCUGGUUGUAGGAUAAAAGGUUCUAUUCUUGGUAGAUAACUCCAGUGAGCUAAUGUAGAUGUUCUAAUGAGUUCUAGGGUCUAGCUUCUCCCACAGCAAAAAAUUGUGUCAUACAGGUAGAAAAACAAAUUUGUAAGAUACUCUGCACUCAAACUUGGUGCUGUUCAUGUUGUGUAGCUUCACAAUACUGUGCUAGCCAAUUGCUGGCUGCAGUGGGGAUAUUGUAAUAAAUUACGAUUAAAUUUAGUCAUGCGAUAUAGUAAAGCACUGCUUGACAUGUCAGUGAUGACAGCGGGGAUCAGUGUAGGAACCACAGCAGCUGACCAUAAUGGAUGGUAAGGGUCUGCCAAUCUCUUAAAAUGGAUCUACUGAAGUUUUUGUCUUGAAGAAACAUCAAAGCUUAUAAGAUGUGGAGUUUAGUUAAUCAAGGUAUAGGAGAUAUCCAUUGUCAAAUGUACCGAGAUGGAGCUAUAGGUAGGAACAUACACACUCAAGGCAUAUGUCCUGCUAGUUUAUACAACUUCUGCCAAGUAGGGAUACAUUUGGUCUUCAGGACCAGAGUGAAUUUUGCCCAUAAUAUCAUAUAUCACUUCGGAAAAGUGACAUGAGCAGGGAAAAGUCACAGAUUUUGUUGCAUGCCAUUUUGCAAUAGUGGAUCAUAUAUAUGUUAAUAAAUGAGCCCCACAUUUUGAAAAUUUUGUGACUAUGAAAGUCACAUUUUCUUUACUUACAGUGAAAUUUGUAGUUUUACGUUUUUCUUUAGGGGGCAUUUUUGCAAAAAAAGAGGAGCCAUAUUGUCACCUUUGAAUUAUCUUAUCGGAAACUAAUGGUAAACUAUUCCUGCGAUCUGUCAUUAACAAGAAUGAUAAGAGAUUGAGAAGAAGAUAAUGAGAAGAUUGUUGAAGUACAACAACCAAAAUGGCUGUACUUCUGUUGUCAUUUUUGCAAAUGGUCGAUACAACUGAAUCAGAAAAAGCCAAAAUCUCUGUAAAUAAAUAAAACAAAAUUACCAAACUUUGGCUGCUGCUUCCCACGAUGAUAUAUGUUAGUUGUAUGUUUUGGAUGAAGAUCCUCUUUACACAAGGAUAAUGUGGUCAUUGCCCUACCUUAUAUACUAACAUUACGUGGUCUGUGGAGAGGAAGAGUCCUCCUCUGGUUUAUAUUGGUGAUGGGGCCUUAUCUAAACUAAGGGUGCCCCAUCUCUACAGACCUCAGAAGAGCCAGAGGAGUACCUCAAUGAUGUCUAUGGCACAUGUGCCCUUAUAUUUGAGGGGACUUUGGUGUAGCAUAUCACAUUCUAUAACAGGGAUGUCAAACUCGUGGCCCUCCAGCUGUUGCAAAACUACAACUCCCAUCAUGCCUGGGCAUACUACAGCUAUCAGGGAAUGAUGGGAGUUGUAGUUUUGCAACAUCUGGAGGGCCAUGAGUUUGACAUCCAUGUUCUAUAACAUCUUAGCUUCUAUCCAUUUUACUUAUCCACAAAAAUGAGAGUUGGCCAUUUAUUUUCUUAACUACAAGUGUAAAUUUUUUCUGCUCUUUUUUAUUAAUGUACAUAAAAAUGGAAAUAAAAUUUUAAAGGCUUCAUUAUGCUGUUUAACCUUUUUACUGACAGCCAACAUAUUAUAUUUCUGGCACAUUAUGUUAAGUUGAUAUUCACAUCUCUAAUGCAACAGGCUCCAUACACAGAAUUAAGCACAUUUCGAAUCACAACUGAACAAAAGCCAAGUUUCAUUUAGAGGCAAUUUUUCUGAUAUAUUUUCAGAGAAAAAAAAAGAUCUUCUUGCAGAGUGUCCAUAGAUUUGUGGACAUAGGUCCCACAGGUUUAUGAGUCAGUACCUGGUUCCUGAUUGUAUAUUUGCCCCUAUAAGCUUUAUAGAAAUAUUCACUUUUUGAAGAAAUAUCACUGGAUUAUGAUUUCGCCCAUAGAUACAGUUGUGUAUGUCUUCAUAUAAUCCCUUGGGUAUGUACUAAACUUGCAAACCAUGGAUCUCCAGCAUAACACUUUAGUGUGAGCGUGUGUAUUUGUGUGUCUGGGAGGUUUGCAUUACUAUUGGGCUUGGUUUAAAACCUUAUUAUCUUGGUUUGAUAUUGAAGUUGGAUUUAUAUUUCCCUGUAGAAUGAAAAUUACCAAAUGAUAGUCUAUGAUUUGUCCCCUUCUGUCAAGUUGUUAACUUAGUUCUUUAAUGAUAUCUGGGCUGAGAAACAAUAUGGCUGCUGACACAGCAACCACAGACUACUGGGUAUAAAAUCUGCAUAGUGGUAUGGACAGGAUACGUAUUGCUACAUAACAAGGCAAAAUGUUGAACAACCUGAGAUCCUGACCCUAUUAGAGACAGGAUGGAACAAUUAUUGCAAAUAUGCCAAAUCAACCAUGAAAGAAAAUUCUGUGACAUUACCACUAUAGGCUACUUUCACAUCUGCACUUUCCCUUUCUGCUAUUGAGAUCUGUAGGAAAACUGGGCAGUAAGUGUUCAAUUUCCCUGCAGCACCAUCACAGGGGAAAUUAGGUAUUUCAUGGUAAUAUUAGGCUGCCCAUAUACUGUAAUGAGAAAAGGUGUCAGGUCCUCCAAAUUUGUAUUCAUUCCCCACUAAAUCAUGGGGGUCCUAAACAGGCAGCCCCCUCAGAUAUUAACUUAGAUUCAUCUAGAAUUCAUCGUAGAAUUCAUCUAGAAUUAGAGAAUUUGAAAAACACCCAACAACCUUUUAAAAUGGACAUUGUACCAGUUUGCUGUUACCAACUCAUAGUCAGCUGUAGUCAGUUAUAUUGUUGAGUAGGUCCAUUCUUAAAAGCCACCAAAGUAACCUGUCAUUUACGUACAUACUCAAUGAACUGCCAUUUUGGGGCCAAAUCUUUAUUUUUUAGAAUGUACUUGUACAAAAUGUUAAAGAGUAACUCCACUUUUUUUUACAUUUCAUAGUUUAAAUGUACAUAAAAUUUAGCCAAUACUUUGCCUUACUUUUCUUGUACCAAUUUUCAGUUCUGGUAUGUCUUUUUCACAUCAUAUCCACUGCUGCUGUCAAACUUUUGCAGUUUUUUUCUUGUAGACAGACUUCAGAUUAUCUGCCUGUCACUGACAUAUGACUUGACAACUUAUCACCAAGGCUAGGCUUCCAAAUGAACUUUUGAUUGCAUAGUAGUUGCAGACAAUCAUGCAUCAUUUUAUCCGUGGGGGGAAAAAAAGUUGUGGACACCCUGCGGCAAUUCCAACCAUUCUUAAUAUAGUUACACAAUUCUUUCUACCCUAUGGAAGCAAGAUUAUAAAAUGGUUAUUGUGACCCACCAUUUUGCGAUAACCAAAAGUUGCUGGGGGCCAUAGUAUGUAAAUUUGAGCUCUUAUGUGUCAGGAAACCAACAAGCAACAUAAUUUGAAAGUUAAAAAAAAGUUCAACCUUAAAAGUGGAGUUUCCCUUUAAGAACCACUGAUACCAUUGCUUUCACUGUUUCAUAGUGUAUUAAUGGUACACUGAGAUGUGAUUAUGCUCCAACUUGGUAAAGCUCAUACCCUCCCCAUAUGUAACUUUGUCUGCAUCUUGGUUGUGUGUGACUGUUGAAGUGAUGACGGGGUAACAUAUACAGCUUUUUUGGGGUUGUUUUGUAUUUGGGUUAUCUGUGAGUCUGUACUCACUCUAUGCAAAAUUUUUGUAAGCAUUUGCAAUAAUGCUCCGUAUAAUAAUAAGAUCUUUUAACUUUAUUACACUUUCUGUACAAGAAUAAAAAGUGAUUUGUAUUUAAAUGAUUUCAAUUUCAAUCUUGUAAGACCUCUUAAUAAAAUAACGAUUGAUAAGA